GCGAGUGGCAGCAAAACACAUUCACUUGACUCUCAUUACAUACAAACAGCAAACGCUUGAACUUUUUACAUUAUUUCCAUUAUUUUAUUACCUUUGAAAGAGAAAGCCCAGACGAGAAAUGGAGGAACCAAUUGUAUCCAUAUAUGAUAUGUUGAUGAAGCGCUAUCGACAGCAGCGCAAAGAAGAAUUCCAACAGCAAAGGGAUCUCUUGCAGAACAAGCGCCCCACUCAGGAUGUGCCGACGAAGCCGAGCAUGGACUUCAGCAUUGAGCCGAAGAAGCCCAGAUCACGUAUCAGUCGCACCAGGUUCUCGGUGGAGCAAAUGCAGCCGGUUAGGGUGUCCACCAAUGUGGUGACCUCAACGCACUUAACCAAGAAAAAAUCGAACAUUCUGCUGCCGCCGCACGCCAAAAAGGAGACGCUCAAUCAGCUGGUGGAGAAGAUGAGCGGCCUCAGCCGGAAGCGGUCCAAGAAUGCUCCAGCGGAGCCGGUGCCGGUGCCGGAAAAGUCGGCCACGGAGCCGACAACUCGCAGUCGGGAUGGCUCGGGCAAGAAGCGAACCGCCAUGCGGAUCAAGCCGAAGGUCAACAAGACACCGCCUGGCAGCGAGCCGAUCAAUCAGCGUCAGCGAUUGGUCCUGUCGCCGCGCAACUCAAACAAGCCGGCCGUUAAGCGCGACAAGGCCAAAACCAAUCCCAACGAGCCGAAGGUCCAGCGUCGCGCCAAGAAUCCGGAGGCUGUGCGGCCCAAGGCGCGCCUAAAGGUGCACAUGUCCAAGUUGUCCAUCAAAUCGGCCAGCAAGGCCAGCAAGACCCCGCUGCCAGCUGACAAUGCAGUGCGUUAUCGCCUCUGAACGGCGAUAGUUAUAUCGGUUUUUAUCGAUUCCAUUCUACAAAUUGCAAGUGUUGCGCGCAAAACCGUUUACUCAUGUUCUUUUUUGAAGCGCUUCCAUUUUGCCAAUCAAUAGAAUCCAUUGCAGUUCCCCUCAAACUGCGGACCCUAUUGGUUUACAUCUGAGCAAGCGUUUCGAAAAGUUUUCAUUUUGGCUUAAACUAUAAAGAAUAAAAAUGUCAGUAACCACA